UUUGUGUGUGUGUGUGUCUGUGUGUUUUAUUGAAAAAUUGGGAAGUGUUUUUCAUUGCCAUUAGAUUAAAUUUACAACAGAAAAAUUCAACACAGUGAAAAAAACCAAUUCAGUGAUGUGUGUGUGCCUUCUUUAAGUGUGAUGAUAUAAAUUCAAGUGUUGAUAUGAAGUGAUUUUUUUGGUCUUUAAUAACUGUCCAUUAUGUUUAAAACACACAAAUCAGAAACGAGAAGCCUUACUGUUAAAGUACAUUUUCUUGUCAUGUUAACCGUGUCGCAACGUCGCAAUAACAAUUUAAUAAUCUCGAAGCUUUAAUUGACUUUCUUAACUAGCGUCAUGCGUUUUAUUCUCUUUCGAUAUGAUUUUCUUGACGGUGCCCUAAAAGCCACGCGUAGAUUUUCGUUCCACAACAUGAAAACGAUGAAUCCAUACAAUGGGUCUCAUUUUCCCACAAGCUAAAGCUUGUAUGAAAAUAUGUUCAAAUGUGCGUAAAACAGAUGUACUUUAAGGAAUUCUUUUACACUGUUUAAAUGCUGACAUUUAUCGUACCCGAAAUCAUAUCAGCGAAAGCGAUACGAUCGUCAGUGGUAGUUUCUUAGUUACUCGUCCGAUUGGACGAGUUGGUUAAAUUAUUCCCGAAGCUUCUUACCGAUCGAUCAACGAUGAUCGCCCUGUCUCGAUGUCGUUUGGUAUGUUGCCAUUUGUAAACCACUACCCCUCCAUUGGGGGGAGAGAAAACAAGAUGAUCUACGAUGAUCUGCUGCACUCUUGCUAAGGGCUCAAUCUGUUGGUUGGAAAUUCAAAUGAGACUUCGCCAACCAACCUCGGCUAACUUUGACGUGAUGUGUUUUACAAGAAAAUGGUGGCAAGAAAACAAUCCUCCUAUUGAAUGUGUUUGUACUUUCAGCCCUAUCACGUCCCUUUCCUUUUACUCUAAAUCAAUACCGAAGGAGAAGAUGAUUGCAUUUUAUCAGAUGAUGAUUGGUAUGAGCCCCGAGAAAAGAGGGAUGAUUUUAAAUUUAAAUAAAACUGGGUUCGAUCCGAAUGUGUAGGCAUCGAAACGAGAAUAUAUUUUUAGCAGUAUAGCCACUGCUGAUCAUUGUAUUGAUAAUAGAAGAGUGCAAAAGGAUGAUCAAUAAAUAACAUGAUUACAUUUCUUCAAAGCUUUAAUAUUGUCGACAUUCGUCGAAAUGAAGAUUGCGAUCAAAUUUAAAUAAUUUAUACUGCUGGUUAAUAUUAGCUUUCAAGUGGACAAUUUAUUGCAAUUCAAAAAAUAAUAAAACAUCUUUGUAUAGCUUCGUACACAUAUGUAAUUUUUCAUCUUUUUUGCAAACGAUUUAAACCGUUAAACAACACUUUACAAAAAGUUUCCGUUACGGUGAAUAUGACGGUUCUAAAAUAGCACAACACUUUUCGGCUUCCGGGACGUAACAUCCAACGUGCUAAAACAGGGAUAUGGUACAAAGUUUUACGUUUGCAGCUUUCCAGUGGCUAUUUGUGGCAUUUCCCUUUCCAUCGAUGCUUUUGCCCGAGAUAAAAUGCCGGUCAAAUGAUACGUUCAUAACAAUACCAUUCCGAUUCGUAUCGACAAAUACCCAAACUAUCCACCCCAAAAGGUUUGACCAUUCAUCAUAUAUAUAUAUAUCCCCGUGUGCCAACCCGAUGCGGCCCAAAAGCGGAAACAUGGGUAGAUGGUGGUGUAAAGCAAUGUCCAGGUUUAUACCAACCCACCCCUACACUACAUCAGUUGCAGACACAGCGUAAAAAGGUGAUGGAGACCGAGGAGACACGAACUGGUUGGUUGGUGUACACAACCUGAAGCCCGAUGUGGCACGUUUUCCAACCAACCGCUACGUUACCUAAUGAUGGGGAUAGGAAGAAGGCUCCGAUUACGAUGAAUGCAAGAGAAUGUGAGGAAAAUUUGUUGGAAAAUUGGUGAGAGGGAGAUACAAUUUUACCGGACAGUUUAUGGAAAUAAAAUUUAUCUAAAGCUUAUGGUGAUAUUGUUAUCACAUUGCGGAUUGUAAUGGGACGGCAUUAUUCGACCCAAUUGAGAAGAAUAAUACUUGAAUAGUGGAUUCGUAUUGAAAUCUAUUUCCAGUUUGCUAAGAAGUGGUGGAAGUGACAUUUUGUUAAUUGUUUCUUUACGCCACGUAACUUAAAUUUUAAUCGUUUUGUCGUGCGAAAAUGGUAUCCUCGAAUUUCUCUAGGGCAUGAUAUGCGCAGUUCUGCAUUAAAAGCUAUUAAACGAUCCCUUGGACUUACAAAGGUAUGUUCAGACCAAUACUCUUAAGGUCGACGAUCGAAUCUCUCAUCUUUGCCACCGGCUCUCUCCGUAGCCAAAAAAGAAAUAUUCGACUAACGCGCACGUGUCCUACCUAAGAGUAGUAGCCACAUUAUAUAGAAAGACUUUGACCUAAGUCUAGUCGUCAUUUCACUAAAAACAAAGAACGACAUUGAAAUUAACAUGUAAAAAGAUUCUUUAAUCUAAAUGUAACAUCUGAAUAUAUGGGGUGCGUUACGGCGUUACAAUGGUGUUUAACUGAUGUUGGUACAUCGUGUACCGAAUGUACUUUUCACUGAAUGAUCAGAUGUAUACGUGCGAUCUUGCACACAUCGUACUACACCUGGGCGACCAUGUUUUUGUCUCGGUUCGUUUUAGUGUACAGCCGUACAAUCCCCAAUCCCAAUCAAGUGGAAUCGCAAGUCGCAAUGGAGUGGGUGCGAAUGGUUUGUUGUAUCUGUUCCAUCUACUUAGCGCUGUAGAACGCACUCCCUUGUUACGACACUCUCGUGGUGCAACAUGUGACUUUCCGAUGCAUGACAUGAUAACAGGGGCAACGGCAAGGCGGUAAGGGUUGUUUUUCUCCCCUCGCGAGACGAUCUUCCCCACGUUCCCAUCCCAUUCCCUUCCGGUACCGUGGCUCAACAGAAUAACACACACGUAAUCGAUCGUGUGCUAUAAGUUUACUAAGUGUUACACCAUGAGUAAGUAUGCGUUUCUACGGUCGCGUUCUAUCUUCUCUGUUCUAACAUUUCCCAUCCCUUUUCACUACACUUCCAUCCAUCCGACUGUUGCCAGCAGGCCUUCAUUUUGUGCUGUCCGUGUUCCAAUGGAGCUAAAGGUGUGUAUGUGGUUUUUUGGAUCAUGCUUUUGCAACCACCACACCACCACGGAUACAUGGGGAAAAGCGACUGGGGAGAACCAUCCCUGCUGUGGAACGGUGGCUUCGCUACUUUAGUCAGCAAAAUCGAGGGCAGCAUUCCCUUUCCGUCCUGGAGAUGGGCAUAAUGGAGAUACGCAACGGGACGCAACUUAAAAUAGGGGGAAGGGUGGCGGCUGUUAUGCCGAUGAACAGUUUUUUUUUCUUGUCCACCUUUGUGUGGUAUGCCAAGGGUGUAAGCCAGUCGUAAGUUGUUCACUGGCCGAAUCGGUCAUCCGUUCGGAAGAUCCUGAUAAAGUUUUUUGAGUUUUUAAUUUAAUGUCAUGUUAGUGCGAGUGAUUAUUAUUUGAGUAAGCUUUCGUGUUUUGUGAUGUUUCUUAACAAGUUCAAUUGGCAACUUAAGAUAUGCUAUUCAGUGGCUUAGUGUUUGAAAGUGUACCACACGAAAUGUGCUGCCAAACGGUGGUGUAAAACAGAUACAGUGAAUUUACAGAAACGUACAAUACAACAGUGAAACCGUGUACACGGCAGAGCGGAGUGAUUUGAAGUGAGAAACGGCGUAUAUUAACCGCGUACAGGGCAGCAAACAAAAUGUCCACCACGGGCAUGGAAAAUCUUGAGGGUGCGGACUCGACGCAUAACACCAAGGUGUCCGAUUCCGCCUACUCCAACAGUUGCAGCAACAGCCAGUCGCAGAGAAGCGGAAGUUCAAAGUCACGCCACAGUGGCAGCAACUCGUCCGGCAGUAGUGGAUACGGUGGAAAGGCUUCAACCCAGGCCAGCAGCAUUGCGCCACUCCCACAGCAAGCCAUCAAGCGCACCAAGGAAAAGGAUCGUAAGAAGAAAAAGUUGAAGACGGCCUGUGAUGGUGCCGUACCAGCACCAAACGGAUCUUCAACCGGCACUAACACGGCCGGACCCGCUGCCGGUGGUACAGCAAGUGCUACUGCAAAUGUCCACUCACUCGCCGGCAAUGGGGUCGAACAGCAGAAUCUCUCCGGUUGCGGUGAUCCAGAACCGAUGGAUACACUGCCCGGAAAUUCGUCCCUUAACAGCGGAUCCACCAUAACGGGAGACAUGGCAUCGGGAGCACCCGGUAUGCAAACGUCCGCCCAUGGAGGAGAACCGAACGAUCAUCACGAGAUGAGCGUUGUUAGUGGCAGCAAGGGUGCGAACGGAACCGAACAAAUCAGUGUAGGAGUGGCAGCCGCCGCCGCCGCUGCUGCUGCUGCAGCCGUUGCGGCACAGAUCAUCAACGAUGAAAAUACUGAGGACGACCACAAACACAUGUCGCAGCAACAAAUGCAUCGUUCGAGUGACUCCACCAAUGCCGAUUUGCAGAAGAAACGGAUUGCGCAUAGUAUUCUGCCCGGACCGGCACCACUACCGGCCGGUGUAGCCUCCAUCGUCAAUUCGAUCGCUACCGGUGAAUCCGACCACAAAUCGUCCGGACUAAGAAGCAGCAAAGUCGCCGGGGAGCACACCGUAUCCGGCAGUGGAACACUUUUGGGUGUAGCACUUGCCGAUCAGCAGCAUUGUCAACCGAAGCAACAGCAACAGCACCACCAUCAUGGCGUACAGCAACAUCAACAUCCCAAGCAGCAACAUUCGACCAAGCAGGAUGCAGCUUUACAGAGCCAACAGCAUGGAUUGCAAGUACCGCAGCAACAUUCCGCUUCCCAGCAGCAACUGCAGCAACAGCAGCAGCAUCACCACCAACACCAUCCUCACCACCCACUGCAGCUUCAGCAGCAGCAACACGAUAAGCAACAACAGUCGCAGCAGCAAUCAAACACACCGCGCACCAACAAACCGGACGUGGAGGAUGGCUUCUGCUGUGUCAUUUCCAUGCACGACGGAGUCGUCCUGUUCACGACCCCUAGCAUCACACACAGUCUCGGCUUCCCGAAAGAUAUGUGGCUCGGUCGAUCGUUUAUCGACUUUGUACACCCGAAAGAUCGGGCCACCUUUGCGAGCCAGAUCACCUCGAAGGUGGUUGUACCGCUCGGUGAAUCCAAGAGUGGCCAAAAGGAUCAGAAAAACUCACUCUACGUUAUGCUGCGCAAGUAUCGUGGACUGAAGACGGCCGGUUUCGGUGUUACCAAAACGACGGUUAACUACGAACCGUACCGUUUGGUGUUGACGUUCCGUGAAGCACCCGCCGAGAAUGCGGAAGUUAUGAGCGGACGUAGCAUACUGCUGAUUAUCUCCGCCACACCGGUCAAGAGUGUGUACAAAGAGCCGAAUGAAUCGCUGUGCGAGCGGGAGCUUAAGUUUAACACGCGCCACACAACGUCCGGUGUGCUCAGUUACGUGGAUGGUAAUUCGGUUGAGUCGAUCGGGUAUCUGCCGCAGGACAUUCUCGGUCGAUCGGUGAUGGAGCUGUACCAUCCGGACGAUAUGCAUAUCCUUCGGAAGGCGUACGAAACGGUCAUGGUGAAGGGACAGACAGCGGGUGCAUCCUUCGUCAGUCAACCGUACCGAUUUCUGGUGAACAACGGGUGCUACAUUGUGCUGAGUACCGAGUGGACCAGCUUCGUAAAUCCGUGGUCCCGGGAGCUGGAGUUCGUCAUCGGCAACCAUCGCAUCCUGCAGGGUCCAUCGAUCGCGGAUGUGUUCGUGUCACCGUUCUAUUGUCAAACGCAGAAUCAAUUUUCCGACGAAGCACUUAAAGAAGCGAAAAUGAUCGAGGAGCAGAUCUUGCGCUUGCUAAAAGAACCGGUCGCAAAGCCAUCGGACAUGGUGAAGCAGGAAGUAUCCAAGCGAUGCAAGGCACUCGCCUCGUUCAUGGAGGAGCUAAUGGACGAGGUGGCCCAACCGGAGCUCAAAUUAAAUUUAUUAAAUGAAUCGGAUUUUACCUUCUCGGAGCGUGAUUCCGUAAUGUUGGGCGAGAUAUCGCCACACCAUGAAUAUUUCGACAGCAAGAGUUCCUCGGAAACGCCCCCGAGCUACAAUCAGCUGAACUAUAACGAGAAUCUUCAGCGCUUCUUCGACAGCCGGCCGGCAAUGAACAUCGAGGAGCAGAUGAAGAUGGACUCAUCCGGUGGUACGAACACGGAAACGAUCGGUGACGAGCAGUCGCAAGUCGUCAGCCCCAACCAGCGUGGGUUUAGUGCGAGCGGGGGAGGCGGGAGUGGCGGUUCGGCGGGGAAUUUCAGCUCCGAAAGCAACGCGCAGAUGGACAGUACGACCAACACCACCAGCAAUACGGGUGGGACGGGCGGGACGGGCACCUCAUCUGGUGGUGGGGGCAGCUUUCAACCACCAACCCUCACUGAAGAAUUGCUCUGCAAGCACAACGAGGACAUGCAGAAGGUGAUGCUGAAGAAGCACCGCGAGGCACGCAUGGUGGCACGCGGCACCGACAAGAAUAAGAAGGGCCCACCGGACAAAGGUGGGUACGGUGGGGGUGGCACUGUCGGGCACGGUGUCAAGCGUGGAUCGUCCCACUCCUGGGAGGGUGAUGCACACAAGACGAUCAAACAUCAGCACAAUCCGGAUCCGAACGGUGGUUGCACUUCCAUUCAGCAGCAGCAACAGCAACUGCUGCAGCAGAAGAUGGGCCCGGUCGCACCGCAUGCCCUGCAGCAACAAUUGCUGAUACAGCAACAGCAUCAGCAGCUACAGCAACAGCAGCAACAGCACCAGCAGCAGCAGUUACAACAGCAGCAACAGCAGCAACAGCUACAUCAGCAUCAUCAGCAAACAAAUGUCCAUCUGCACUACAAAGCACAGCACGUGUCGCAGCAGCAUCAGCAACAUCAGCAAGGACUCUAUGGGCAGGGGCAGUCAUCGUUUCAGCAACCGACAAUGCAAAACGCAUUAUCUACCGGCCAUUUGCAGCAAACACAGCACCACCAGGAGCAGCUGAUUUCGCAUCGAUCGAGCACCCAGCAGCACGCAUACCAAAGCCAAUUCCAGACCAACGGAUUGGGGGGUCUUUCCAACCAGACCGAAAGCAUUCUUGCAGCGAAUCAACGGACGUCCUUCAACACGACCUUCACCACACCAUCGAUCCUAACUCCGCAGAUGACAUACGGAACGCACAGCGGUAGUAGCAUAACCGGCCGCACCGGUGACCUUUGGCCACCGUUCAGCGUAAGCGUAACGACCAUGCAAGCGUCAGCGGGUGCCGGAACCGGCUCGGCUAGCUUUGUACCAUCGCACAGCAUUUUCCCCACGCUGUACUAUAUCCCAGCAGCAGCGGCCGCUGCUGCAGCGACAGCCGCCCCACAACCGACGCCGGUCGCGGCACUGGAAACGCUACCGAGACUCAAUCCCAUCACCGUACCGUACAUGGCGGCCGGUGUCAUGUAUCCGCAUCCGCAGCUUUACCAGCAGUCACUCCUGUAUCCCCCGAUGAUGUAUCACGCGAUGCCUUAUCAACCUCUACCACCACCGUGCGGGCUCGACAGUGACACGCGAAAUCAUCAACAUCAACAGCAUCAACAGCAGCAACAGCAACAACGACAACAGCAACAGCAGCAGCAACAACAGCAACAACGGCUACAGUCACAAACCGGUCAAUCAGCAGGUGGCCCCGGACAGACCGCAACCGGUGGCAUUACUGUCGGACUGGGACCGAAUGCGGGCGGACAAACUUCAGCACAAUCUUCCGAAGUUACUGGUACGGCAGCAAACGGUGGCCAUACCGGUGGUAAUAGUGGCAAGCUACCUGCACACAUUACCGUACCACCCUCUGCCGGUAGUGGUUCCCAAUCACAGACACCGUUCCAGCGUCCAUCCUCACAGGCAACAUCCGUUAAAGCAGAACCAGGAUCUGCUUUGGGUAGUAUUGCAUCCGCUUCAAUCGUCGUUAAUCGGGCAUUUUCGGAGUCUUCAAAGAAGGAUCUUACCGAUUCGCCUCUCAUCUCCAACGUCGACUGUACCGAUUGUGCGCUGGAUGAGGUGCUCGAUAAACACUGUGACGGUAUUGCGACCGGCAUAGACCGGCGCGUGAAUGGUGGUUCACGACUUACCGGGCAGCUGGACAAGCUACCGAGUGGCAUUGGUACAGCCGGUAUCGGCACAACCAGUAACAGUACCGGUGGCGGUGUGGUCGGAAUGUGUGAAGUCAGCGAUGAUAUGGAUGAGUCAAGCUUUUCCAGCUUCUAUUCCAGCUUUCUCAAAACGGAUAAUUCCUCCGAAGGACAGAACGGUGCGGAACGGAAAGAGUCGAGCGAAAUGUGCUGGGAAAGUGGUUCGAACAAUGCAACCUCCAACAAUCGAAUGCUUGGAGAUGGUUGCGGUGAGUCCGGCAACCAGGAUUCACUUGACAGUGGCAAACGGAAUAGUGCGGGCGAUGGAACUGGUACCAUGGUACGACCGGGCAGUGGCAGUGGUUGUCGUGCCAAGCGGCGUCCGAAUCCACCAUGGCUGGAUAACGUGUGCCAGACGAAGGAUCUCAUUUACCGGUACCAGAUUAACGAACGAUCUCUUAAAGAGCUGUUGGAUUCGGACAAUUUGGCACUGAAAAAAAUAAGCCAACCCAUCUUGGUAAACGAUCAGCUGGGACAGCUGUACCUUGAUCUUGAGCUGGAAGGCCUCUCGGCGAAGCUAUCGCUCAGCGAAGCCACAUCCGGAAGCAGCAGCGAUGAUUGCGACACCAAAGACAAAGCCAAAGUGAACAAGCGCAACAUGAAGUACAGUAAGCUGGUCAUGAUCUACGAGGAGAACGCACCUUUCCCACCACCGAACGAUUCCGAACCAUAGUUAGGUACUGCUCCCGAAAACAAAUCACCUAUGCAGUAUUCUAGAUUUCGUUUCCACAUUACACAUAUAAGAUACAUACGUUUAAAAACAGACAAAAACAGGUACAGAUAACAUAAACAGGGAGGAAGAACUUGUUAGUAAGCAAAACAUACUUUUUUUUAUACAGUAAAACAAAACAGUGUUUUAAGAAAACGAUUGUUCCUAACGUUACGAUUACCUUUAUAUGACAAAGUUUAAAAUAGUAUUAAGUAUUAAAAGAAAACGAUUUUAAAUAAGAGCGUUUAUUUUUU